AUUAGAGUUGUUUUGCUAGGUGCUGUCAUCUCAUUCCGGCGUCAUGAGUGCUGAAAACUGUGAUGGAACUUUGUCUGUGCCUUUACGAAACGUAUCGAACUCUAUUCAGUGUAUCAGAGAUCGAGUCAGAGAUGGAGAAUCAAAUGAGAGAGAGGGAGCAUUCAAUCUCUCCAACUUCUGGGACACUUUGAACCAGGCAGUGAAGACUGUGUCCCAGGAAGCAACUAAACUGAGCCUGGCCUUCUCCAGACCCCCUCUGCCAUCUUUACAAGAUGGAGAAAAGCUGUCAGAGUUCAUAUUGAAAAGCGUCCUGACGCUGUCGACUGUGUAUUACUGGCUACCCAAAAGCCAAGGGGUGACGCUACGGCGACAGGUCAGGGAUGCUACUGUGGAGGUCCUGGAUGGCGUUUUACAGCUGGUGGAGGUCAUAAUCAGCUCACCACUGCAAAGCCUGACCCAGGAGCAGAUCACGUCCACUGGAGGAGUUUGGUCUGCCUGUGAUCGCUUUGCUCGGCUACCAAAAGACAAUAAGGAAGCUCUGCUAGUCGUUCUAUCAUCUCAGUCAGGAGUUAUAAAAGAUGCCAUUGAGGAAAUGAAGCAGAUCUUAUCCGAACCCGAGGACCCGUUCAAGGACUGCCUCAUUAACGACCCGGACGACAACUCUGACCAUGACUGUCCUCCCAACAACCAGUGCAUGUCCAUGUCAGAGAAGGACUGGCAGGUGAUCAGUGCGUGUCAGGGGUUAAUGAAAGCAGCUGCUGCGUGUCUGAGGAAACUUACAUCAGCUGUCAAGGCCAACGGUGACGCUGCCGAACCUCAGAAGGUCGCUCAGCUGGACGAUCUGGCCGACAUCAGCCGGGAAAUCAGCCCCAGUGUGGACGAUCUCGCCCUCUGUCUCUACCCACCCAUGAAUUACACUGGAGUGGAAAACCACACGUCUAAAUUGGCAGCAUUGUUAAGGAAAUUUUUGGACCUGAUUAGAUCCAGCCAUGUGUGUGGAGAAGCAGAGCUGAGCUGGGUUCAGUUCUUAGAGGGAGCCGUCGACCACAAUGUUCAGAAAGCCAAAGAACUGAUUGAGCUGGACGGCUGAUUUCCUUUAAUAAAAAGAUUGUAACAUACAUCUAA